AUGACUCAAGCAAUGUCACCGACUUACCUGAAACGUCUGUUCAUGAUCUCUCUCCUCCUCCUCGUCUUCGUUUUCCUUCUCACAACAACUUCCACCGCUUCUCCAACAUCAAGAAACUUCCGUUACCGAACCCACCGGUUCGUCCCGAAGGUUCAUCAUCACCCGUAUUACGUGACACCUCACGGUUCUUGCGACUCCUUCACUCGCCCAUACGCGCGUUCUAUGUGCAAUGAGCUUCAAAGAAUCCACAGGAAGAAGCAGCCACUUGUUUCCCGUCCUCCUCCUCCUCCUCCGCUAGAGAUUGAUCCAAGGUACGGCGUCGAUAAAAGACUCGUCCCCUCUGGUCCUAAUCCUCUUCACAACUAAAAAAACCCUAUCCCU